UCGACGGUGCGGAGGGUACGUCUUGGUACCAGAAGGUAACGUUUGCCGAAGGUAGUGCACGCCGGCUUAGGUGGGGGCAUCUCUAAGCUAGCGGUGCCGGCGCUUCCCCGACGCUCACUGCUCGUCGACCAGUCGAGCCACUGAGACCGUGUGGUACCGGAGCAAGAAAGGAAAAGAGAGAAAGGGAGUUUUUAAAUAAUCGUCCAUCCGUCGGCCGGAUUAGGAAGAGGAAGAUACUGACGUCCCGGGUCGUUUGACCGUGUAUUUUGUGCUACGCGGAUUAAGCCGAAUCGGGAAGACAAUGGAGAAAGAUCAGCCGGAUUCCCUGGCAACUGUUGCCGUCGUCUCGGAGAAGAUGCCGCAGACCCACAGUCACUAUGCGCCAAGUGAGGUCUAUUCUACCACCGAACCACCACCGGCAUACAUGAGACCGCCAAUGAAAAGCACGGCUGUGCAGAUCGCAAGGAUUGCUGCUAUUACUCUGAUCACGAUGUCUGUCGUGCUUGGUAGCUUUAUCCUGGCGGCAUCCUGGGUCCAGGCUAGAGCUUCCUGCACGCCGGAAUCGAUCGCAGCAAUGCAGGCUGAGUUGAAACUUCAACAGCAACAGGCCUAUGCAUCGUAUCAGCCGCAAGGUGAAUUUCUCAAGCGUUUGCAGCCAGAAGCUCUAGUACAGGAGUCUGUCGAAUCGAAGGAUUCUGUACAAAGUCUCGUUGCGCCAGCAAAGAAGGAAGUUGAGCCAGAUACUAAGGACACGAAAGCGCAAGGAGAAGGAGAGAACAAUUCGAAAUCUGACAGCGAAAACGGUGAUCGGGAUGAUGACGACGACGAUUAUGAUGACGAUGAAUUCCCUCCUGUGCAUAUUAAGCUUCCUCUUCAGUUAGAUCUCGAUGAUAUUGCAGGCACACUAAUUCAACAAGCUCGUAGUAGAGUUUCUUGCGUAGUUGAAAGACGACGAGCCGACGAGGUGAUGGACGGAACCGGCGACAACGGUUUAGAUAACAGUACCGAUCCGCAGCGUUUCCAAAGACUGAGUGGCGAGCGAGUUGCCAUUCUUUGCGAAUCAGGCAAUCCAAACCAAGAGCAGCAAGAUCAAGAAAUGCUUACCCCGAUCAUCGUGCCCCUAGGCACUGUGCAAAUUCCUCUCCAGUCCCAGGAACCUAACCCGGGCUAUCAUCAAUACCAAAUACACACCCAGUAUCAAGUUCCCGAUAUGCAGCAAUUGCCGCUUAGCGACCCACGAGGAUUGAAUCACAUCCCGCCGGGUAUACUUCCUCCCGAGCUUCGUAACCUUCCUCAGUUGACUAUGGAAAUGAGACCACCUCGAAUGGGCCCGCAAACGCCUGUGAUGGGACCUCAAAACAAUCCGAUGGGACCACAAAUCGAGAUGCGUCAGAUCCCUAUCGAACUCCGUCAUUUCCCAAUGGACCCGAUGAGAAGAAUGCGACCGAUGGCUCCGGAGCCUCGUCAGGAACCGCAACAGAUUUCGAUGGUGUAUCAGCAGCAGGCAGAACAAGUUCCCAAUACUUAUAACCAGGAGCAAGGUCCAGCCAUGAUGCCACCGCCUCCUCCUCAAGCCGAUGCGCAAGAACAAGAUCCAAGAAUACAACAGAUACCAUCUAUGAUGAUCGCACAAACCGAACAGAGACCACCUGUCCCACCUCAGGUUACGCCUGAAAAGUCACGCUCUCCUUUCCAGGGUAUUCCUAUAGAAAUUAGGAGAAUAAUUCAGCAAGUACCGUUAGAGAUUAAGAAUAUCAUCCAGCAUAUUACUGGCGAAGCUAGGGCGAUCCCGGUUCAAGUACCAGAGGGAGCACGUCGUGAGGAACUCAAACCGUUCCCGGAAGGCGCACGACCAAUACCAUUAGGACCAUUCCCACUUCCGGUAGAAGUGAGAAACUUGAUUGAGCAUGGAAACAUUGAAGGUCGUCAACGUCCGGAUAGUAGCGAAGAGCAACAGGAAGCGAAACCUUUCCCAGGUCCGGAGGAUGAUAGCGAUGAAGUAGAAAGAAACUUCCCUAUUCCUAUGGAAAUCCGCAACAUAAUUCAUCAGGUUGUAGAAGGUCGUGCUUUCCCGGUUCCGAGAUUUGCGUUAAGACCGGUCAAGUCUUUGGAGGUACCAGUAGAAGCGCAUGCUGAAGUGACCGAUGGCCAGUCCACUGAGCAACAACAACCUGAACAUCGAGAACAAGAGCAGCAUCAGGCGGUACAUUUGAUAAGCAUUCAACAGCAACAAGAGCAGCAACAGCAACAGCAACAACAACAGCAACAGCAACAGCAACAACAAUCUAUGCAAGAGGAAUCCCGCCCACAUUACGUGCAACCACGUUCCGUACGUUCCGUACCAGAUGAAGUCUUCCUACAUCGUCGCGAAAAGCGUGUACGUCGUUGCGCCUGUGAUUGCGCGUGCUAAAGAAUUGACUACAUCCUAUUAGACGGAAUGAAUUCUCAAAAGAUUCCGUCCGAAAUAAAAUUACAAAAUCUAAAAGAGCGUACCAUCCGCACAAACUUUGGUCAAACGUUUUCAACGAUCUCGAUGAAUAAAGCAAAACGAAAGGAAAAUAGUUGAAUAUUCUCAUCAGUGUUGCAACCGCCGCUGCAAGUACAUUGAAUUGCUGAUUGCAUUAAAUUUUUCUAAUCCAAAGUAUUUUUAUUAUUACCACUAUAACAAACCACAAUAUCUGAGUAACUUUCCUUCAGAUUAUCCCAGAUUUCGCUUAAUAGAAAUCAAAGAAUCUUGAAUUAUAUUAACAAACUACAUUUACGAUAAAGUAUUGUACGAAGUGAAUAGUAUUUUUAUCCCGCGCGGUAGAUAAGCAUAUCGAAGCAUACAGUUGAUGAAUAAAAAUAAGUAUGCUUAUCGAGGAACAAUAUCCCAAUUUAACGACAUGUAAUUGAUUUCAGAAUAUUCUUUCCCUAUUGGCCAACAGUACGAGAUUAAGACCAUUUUACAAACGUAACAAUUAUAUACGUUGUGGUAUCAACAAUCUAAGAAUUGUUGAUAGGAGUGAUAUUUUCUAAAUCGAUUUAAUUGACUAUAUCGUUAUACCCUCUUUCAUUAUAGAGAGAAAGAAAAUGCGAAGAUAGUUUAGAAAUCUGUGAUUCUCCUAUACAAAUCUCCGUGAAAACAUGCUUCUGACAAUGCUGACACAGACACGCAUAGUCAAAAUAAUUAAUAAUUAAAAUUCUGUACAAUAA